AUGUAGUUACCAAUACAUGGAUGCGAAACCGAGCCAGAAUGUCUGGCAAAUGCUAGAGUAAUUUUGCUGCUAAUCGUUUAGUGUGGAAAGAAGAAACGGCGCAAUCGAACGUGUAUCAUCGGAAGCCGCAUGAUUACAUACGGAAAUAUAUAUAUUUUUUUACACAUAAAACUGCAUAAGCUUUUCGAGCUGUAUACUACAUAAAAAAUAAUUCAAUGUGAACAUUCAAACGUUAUUUUGGAAUGAAUAAACUGUUUGAAAUAUACUGUGUUUUUAUAUAAUGAUAUCUAAGUCAAAUAAUACCCAAGUGCCAACAACAGCAAUAAGUAUUUUACAAAACACACACACAACAUUCAAUAUGGCAAGUAAUGGCGGUGCGAACAACCUCACAAACAACUCAAAAAUGGGUUCUCGGCGAAUAUUUACACCACAUUUUAAGCUACAGGUAUUAGAAUCAUAUCGAAAAGAUAAUGAUUGCAAGGGCAAUCAACGGGCAACGGCUAGAAAGUACAACAUACAUAGACGACAGAUUCAGAAAUGGUUGCAAUGUGAAUCAAAUUUGCGAUCAUCGGUUGCCAGUAUAAAUCACAGUGGAUUAAAACAUCAGUUUCAUAAUGUGAGUCAGCAACAACAAGUGCCGAUUAUGAUCCCAACGAAUAAUAAUAGCCAGUUCGGCUACCAUCACUUUGAAAGUAAACCUCAGCAACUGCCCUUGGACACAGCCAGACAAAGUGUCGCUACAAAUUCUACAACAGUGCCAUCAAUACCAGUUGUGGUUCCACCAUCAGCGAAUGCAUCAGCACAAGGAGUGUAUGCAGCGGCGAACUUGGCCGCCGUUGUGGCUGCCGCUGCAGCUGCGGGAGCAGCGGGUGCUAUGGCGAUUGCCACCACUUCAACUACAAACACAUCGUCACCACUCUGCCAGACUGUAGUAAGUGGCAACGCUGCGGGAAUAUCGUCACCAAUUCUUCACUCGCAUCACCUUCCGGCCCACCACCACCAUCAUCAUCAUUACGAUGCGCCAUAUACACAUGCAUCAGCCAAUAUAUCUAUACCAAUGCCUGUCCUAACACACCUUUCCCCGCAACAUCAUCGGCACUACCAAUACCACAACCUGCCGCCGCAUACCCAUGCACUGCUACAAACACAAUCUCGGGUGUCAACAGUACCGUCAUUAAUGUCGUCAACUUGUCUACCUGUGAAUGUUUUGUCUGCAUGCUCGUCGGAGGUUAACAUAGCACCAGAGGAAAUAGCGUACAAGGGAAACGAGGGAAUCAAUUCUAAUGAAUUGCGCGAACAUGCAGCAAAAAUGAAAAUAGUGAAUAAUGUUGAAGAUUGUUGUACCCGAAUAUCUUUAAAUAAAUAUCUUCAUAACGCAUGCAUUAAAAAUGGAAAUCAAAAGGAAUAUACCUUGCAAAACUAUAACGUAACAACACAAGGAUUAUCAAACACCCCGUGCCUAACAGUUACACCCAUAGAUCUAUCUAUUGGUUCUCGGCGUGAGAAUGCGGAGAAUAUAAAUUGUAGCUUGAGACAGUUACCUAAAACUGAUGAUGUGGCCGAAAAUAAAAACGAAAGUGUGGUUGAUUUGACUUUUAGGAAGCGCAAGGUUAUUUUGAGAAAUGAUCAAACAAGUAAACUCAUGCGGAAUUCAGAGAAUGAUUCUAUUAAUUCGUUUACAAGAGUUAAAGAUUUAAGUGAAAGUGAUGAUGAUCAUAUCGAAGUCGAAAUAGAUGUAAAAUCACCACCUCCAAAGCCAGUAAAACUAUUUAAACCAUAUCUUCUGGAUGAAAAAGAGGAAAAACAGGAAGAAAAUGAAAACGAGCCGAUUACCGAAAAAAGAUCUGCUAAACAUGCCUUCGUUGACAGGCUUGACAAUAAGGAGGGAAGCAUACCGACGCGAUUUAGUUUGGAUAGUGAUCGAAAUACAACAUUUCACCCCUCAAAUGUGGCCGAACAUAAUUUUCAAAUAGGAAGUGCGUACUUUCAGGAAUGCAAGCCAUUAAAUCUUCCAAGUGCCUUUAAUAUGACAGCAAUAUCAGCUUUGUCUCCAGUGAUCCCUUGUGCUGAAGGAUCUCCCGUAUCAGGAUAUGAGAGUUCAUCGUCAACAUAUAGCGAGUCAUCAUACAAAGAGGAGUUUUACCGAAUGAAAGAAGACCGAGCUUGCAGUAUAGACUUUCAAGUACAUGCAGUUUGCGAUAACUUGACUUGCCAAGAGAAUUGCGUUCAAAAAUGGUUAAAUCAUGAUGCCAACUCAAACCCACCGACAACUAAUGCUUCCAUUGUUUUAUAUGCUUAAAAAUAUUUAGAUUAUAUGAAAUGUAAUUUUAUUUAUACACAUACAUAUGUACAUAUGUAUGUAUAUAUAUAUGCAGUAAUCUUCAAAGCGCUAAAAUUCGGCGCCGCAUUAUUAAAUUUUUAGAAAUUUGACAAAUGUGAAUCGAAUACCUUGGAGACUUAAAGAAUACUGUAUAACGUAUUCUAAAAUAUUGGCAAUAAUUAUUUAAUAUAUGUAUGUAUGUAUUUAUAAAAAAAUUUAACGUCGUAGGUAUGACAUAUUUGUCCAUUUAAAUUUUGUAGUAUCCACGGAUGUAAAUAUACCCCUAUUUAGUAUAGAGAGGUUAGAAGUAUAAGAAAUAAACAAAAGUAAUUUAAAAUGCAAUAACUUUGUUCGAAAGUCAAUGUUUCAUCAUAUCAAAUUUAAAUAUAUAAAGAACUAGAAGUUAAGUAUGAAUUUACAUACGAAAGGUAUAAAAUAACUGAUUUUAUAGGGUCAAUUAAGAAAUGUGGCUUAAGAAUAAAAGCUUUAAAUAAAAUCGAAAUUUAAAAAGUAAAA